GUCGGCCUCCGGCUGCGCUCCGAUCCCGACAAAGCUGGAGACCGAGGACCCGAGGAGGAGUGCGGGAACGGCCGAAGAGGCCGGGAGUCCGGCCGAGAUGGCCGUGUCGGAGCCCGGGGGCAGCGCGGCGGGAUCGGUAACAUUCAAAGAUGUGACUAUGGCCUUUACCCAGAAGGAAUGGGAGCAACUGGAUCCUUCUCAGAGGAGCCUAUACAAGGAUGUGAUGCUGGAGAACUACAGCAACCUUGCUUCAAUGGGAUUUCAAGCUCCCAAACCGGCCAUGAUCUCCAAGUUGGAAAAAGGAGAAGAGCCAUGGUUGGGGAAGGGGAAAAGACCCAGUCAAGGUGGUCCGAGUGAAAUAGCAAGACCCAAGCAAAUAGGAGCCAAUGGAAAAGUCCAGCAAGAUGAUGACCAGCUAGAGAAUCACCAGGAAUCUCAAAACAAACUCCUAAGGGAAGUUGCAUCUAAGAAAAAAACUCUGACUAAGAAGAAAGGCCAUGAAUGUAGUUCAUUGGGGGAAAAAAAGGUGAAUACAAAACAUGCUCCUUCAAAAAAAAAGCUUCUGAAAUUUGAUUCACAUGGUAAGAGUUUGAAACAGAAUUUAGACGUACCUGGUCAUAUAAGAAACUAUGCAAAAAAGAAACCUGGUGUAACUAAAGAACAGAGGAAAUCAUUCAACCAUAGCUUAUCUGAUACAAAGGAACAAAAAAAUCAAACUGGAAAUAAACAUGAGAAAUUAUCCAACCAUAGCUCAUCUAAGAAGUGUGACAAAACUCAAACUGGUAAGAAACAUGAGAAAUUAGUUCAUCAUAGCUCAUCCCUUACCAAAUGGGACAAUAUUCAACCUGGAGAGAAACAUGAGAAAUCAUCCAGCCAUAGCUCAUCUCCUACUAAGCCUGAAAAAACCCAAGCUAAAGUGAAACCCUAUGAAUGUAAUCAAUGUGGGAAGGUUCUCAGCCAUAAGCAAGGACUCGUUGACCAUCAGAGAAUUCAUACUGGGGAGAAACCAUAUGAAUGUAAUGAAUGUGGGAUAGCUUUUAGCCAAAAGUCACACCUCGUUGUACAUCAGAGAACUCACAGUGGAGAAAAACCAUAUGAAUGUAUUCAGUGUGGCAAAGCCCACAGUCAUAAACAUGCCCUCACUGACCAUCUAAGAGUUCAUACUGGGGAAAAGCCCUAUGAAUGUACUGAAUGUGGGAAAACCUUCAGACACAGCUCAAACCUUAUUCAACAUGUGAGAUCUCAUACAGGCGAGAAGCCCUAUGAAUGUAAGGAAUGUGGAAAAUCCUUUAGGUAUAAUUCAUCUCUUACUGAACAUGUGAGAACUCAUACAGGUGAAAUACCAUAUGAAUGUAAUGAAUGUGGAAAAGCCUUUAAGUAUAGCUCAUCUCUUACUAAACAUAUGAAAAUUCAUACAGGUGAGAAACCCUUUGAAUGCAAUGAAUGUGGGAAAGCUUUCAACAAGAAGUCACACCUCAUUAUACAUCAGAGAACUCAUACUAAGGAGAAACCUUAUAAAUGUAAUGAAUGUGGAAAAGCCUUUGGACAUAGCUCAUCUCUUAUCUACCACAUGAGAACUCAUACAGGUGAAAGUCCCUUUGAAUGUAAUCAAUGUGGGAAGGCCUUCAAACAAAUUGAAGGCCUUACUCAACAUCAGAGAGUUCAUACUGGAGAGAAACCCUAUGAAUGUAUUGAAUGUGGGAAAGCCUUUAGCCAAAAGUCACACCUCAUUGUACAUCAGAGAACUCAUACUGGGGAGAAACCUUAUGAAUGUAAUGAAUGUGGAAAAGCCUUCAAUGCAAAGUCACAACUUGUUAUACAUCAGAGAUCCCACACUGGAGAGAAACCCUAUGAAUGUAAUGAAUGUGGGAAAGCCUUCAAACAAAACGCAUCCCUUACCAAACAUGUGAAAACUCAUUCAGAAGAGAAAUCUCAUGAGUGAAAUUAAUGUGGGAAAUCUUUUAACUGAACUGAAGGUUUUAUUUAACC